UGAGUGAGUCAUUUCUGAAUGGAGGGUGGGUUUAUAAAAACCCUCGCCAGUCCCCAGCAGUUUGGAGGCCACUUUGCUCGCCGCUCUGUUCACGGAUGCACACGCGGACGGGUCCAUCAGCGUCCCUGCUUUGCACGCCGGAGGGCUCCGGAACUCAAACCUUCACCAUGAAGUCCUUCUACCCCCUGCUCUUCUUCUUGCUGCUGGUUUCUCGUGGAUCUUCAGCUGUCAUCACAGGGGCCUGUGUGAGGGACUCUCAGUGUGGAGGAGGGAUGUGUUGCGCCGUCAGCUUGUGGAUCCCCAGCUUGCGAAUGUGCACCCCCAUGGGGCAGGAGGGAGACAACUGCCAUCCACUGAGCCACAAGGUUCCUUUCUUUGGGAAAAGACUCCAUCAUACCUGCCCAUGCCUGCCUAACCUGUCAUGCGUUCCUGUAGAAGAGGGCAACUCUAAAUGUCUCUCUCCAUACAAGUAUCCCGACUACUUCCUCUGAAGAACACCGCUUUAGUCCACCUGUACCUCAACCGUUUACUCCUUCUCCAUAGAAAACUGUUUAUUUGGUUUAAAUAGUAACUUUGAAGUAUGGAAGCGUACUGCAUUCAUUUGAAAAAUGGGUAAUCUUUGUUUUAAUUUUUGGCUGAAAACUAAAAAAAAGGCGUAUAGAAAAUCCGAAAAAAUUAUAUUAAAUAGUUAGAAAUUUAAAAAAAAAAAACCCUUCAUAAAUCAUUAAAGUAAUAUCUUGAAAAACAGACUGGGUGCCACAAAGUUAGCCACGCCCACAACUGGUCACCUCUACAGCUUUGUGCCCAACACUGUCAUCGGGAUUGCCUCACAAACAAUAAUAAAUAGUUCACAAGGUCAAUAUCGUGAACUCCUAGACAAAACGGACACGGAUCAUGUUUAUGACAUGGAUACAUUGUGGUUUUUCAACUUUUAAUUGCAGGUAAUCUUUUGAACAAAAGAAAACCCUUGUUUUUUUGUUUUUGUUUUUUAAUACAGAAAAAUUAGAACAAAGAUCCCCUUUUUAUUUAUUUAUUUUUUAAUUGAAUGCAUUUUGUUUCCAUAUUGAAGAGAUAUAUUAUGAAUCUUUAUGAUGCCUCUGUCUAAAUUAAACCAGAUGUUUCAAGAAAAAUUUCAUUUUUCUUUCAUAGACAUAUUAACCAGUUUCACAUCUAAAAAAAUUGAUUCACUUGUUAAGAAAUUGAUAUUUUUAAGCUCCAAAAUGAGUAUAAACCAGAAUACCCACCUAAAUACUAUUGUUAUACAUAAAUGUAAUGAUUUUACUUCAUGCUUUCAAAGCUUAUUUCAUCUGAAUAAGUCUAAUGAAGAGAGUGCCAGGAGGGUGUGUGAUGAAAGUAUCUGAAACCACUCAACCUUCAGUUGAAAAUGUGUUUUUGGCUUUUGUACAAAAUAAGUAAGACUUUACCUUGGCUUGUAUUGAAUUGUGUAAAGAGCAUAAAUUGUCAAACACUUGACAGGGAAAAUGAAAUUUCUAUAAUGGCCUUAAUAUAA